AUGGCGGAGAACAAUGCCCAUCUACAGCAGCAGCAGCCGCAGCAGCAGCAACCACCAAACAUCCAGGAACAGGUGCUGCAAAUUCUCUCCAACCAACAGCUGCUAAUGACGCAAAUUCUCCAGCAACAAAGCGCCACGCAGCUUGCCAUCCGCAAUCUUUCCUACGACGAAAGGGUGCUGGACUCGCUUUCGAGCAACAUGGCGGAGUUCGUGUAUGACAAAGACAAUGGACACACGUUCGACGCAUGGUUUUCCAGGUAUGUCGACCUUUUUGACAAGGACGCCCGGAAGCUCGAUGACGCAGCGAAAGUGCGAUUGCUCCUGCGAAAGCUUAGCCCACCCGACCACGAGCGCUACAAUAGCUUCAUUCUGCCGAGACUCGCUCGUGAAUUUACGUUCACAGAGACCGUCGAUAGGUUAAAGUCACUAUUCGGAGCGACAGUUUCCAUCUUCCGCCGACGAUUCAACUGUCUCCAGCUCACCAAGGAGGAGAGUGACGAUUACCUGGCAUACUCGUGCAAGGUGAACAAGGCAUGUGUUGAUUCCAAACUUUCGGAAUUAACUGAAGAGCAGUUCAAAUGCCUUAUUUACGUCUGUGGUCUGAAGUCAAAUCAAGAUACCGAGGUUAGAAUGCAUCUCAUCAACAAGCUGAACGAGAACGUCAAUCUGACGCUACAGCAAGUCGUGGAUAAGUGUAACAGCCUCAUCAACCUGAAACAGGACACCGUGUUGGUGGAAAAUCCGUCGUCCGUGGUGAAUGCCGUUGUUUACGACAAGCGGUCGAAAUCGAAGCAUCAGUCAGCAGCAUCGAGUUCUUCCAAUCAACGUGAGCAACCAAAGACGCCCUGCUGGUCAUGUGGGGGCAUGCACUACAACAAGGACUGCCGGUUUCGAGACCAAAAAUGCAACGAGUGCGGCAAGGUUGGGCAUCGAGCAGGUUAUUGUGCUUGCUUUCAAUCAAGGUCUUCAUCCAAUGCAAAUACGGCAUCUAGGAAGAAGAAAAAGCAACCGUCGACGAAGACGGUGACAAUCCGAAACAUCAUCCAGGGUCGGAAAUUCGUCAAGCUCCAGGUCAACAACGUACUCCUUCGCCUACAAUUGGACACAGGGUCCGAUAUUUCGAUAAUUUCGCACCGAUCGUGGAUCAAACUCGGUCGUCCCCACACGAAACCAACGGUUUGCACCGCGCGAACAGCUUCCGGAGAGCCACUCGAUCUUGUUGCCGAGAUGUGGUGCAACAUUUCCCUCAAUGGAGUCACAAAAGGGGGUAAGUGUUUCGUCGCCGCUCCUAACGUCAGUCUCGACAUUCUAGGAAUUGACUGGAUGGAUUUGUUUGGGUUGUGGAACCAGCCAAUCACAUCGUUCUGCAACCAGGUCAGCGCUCAACCAAGUCAGACGCUGGCUACCCUCCAUACUCAGUUCCCCGAAGUUUUCACUAACGAGAUGGGUCUCUGCAAGAAGGCUCCCGUCAAGCUGGUCCUGAAAGGCGAUCCGAAACCAGUUUUCAAGCCGAAGCGUCCGGUAGCGUACUGCAUGGAAGGUGUGGUAGAGGACGAGAUUUGUCGCUUAGAGAAUCUGGGCAUUCUGAAGAAGGUGGAUUUCGCUGAAUGGGCAGCACCAAUCGUAGUGGUCCGGAAACCCAAUGGCACCGUCCGGAUUUGUGCUGAUUUUUCGACUGGCUUGAACAGCGUACUCGAGCCGAAUCAGUACCCUCUACCGCUACCCGAAGAUAUAUUCGUCAAAAUGUCCGGAUGUCGGGUGUUUAGCCACAUCGACCUUUCUGAUGCCUACUUACAGGUCGAGGUCGAUCCGGAGAGUCAACCGCUGCUCACCAUAAACACCCACAAAGGCCUCUUUCAAUUCACCCGCUUGUCGCCCGGCAUCAAAUCUGCCCCAGGCGCAUUCCAACAGCUGAUGGACACGAUGCUCGCUGGUUUACCGUGUACCGUUGGUUAUUUGGAUGACAUCGUAGUGGGAGGUCGAACGGAAGAGGAACAUCGGCGCAACCUUUUCCUUGUGUUGCAACGACUGCAAGCAUUCGGCUUCACUGUCCGCAUAGAGAAAUGCAGCUUUCACAUGCGGCAGGUGAAAUAUCUCGGACAGAUCCUCGAUGGCGAUGGAAUUCGUCCAGAUCCGGACAAGAUUGCUCCGGUUGUCAACAUGCCAGCUCCGCACGACGUCACCACGUUGCGCGCAUACCUUGGCGCAGUAAACUACUAUGGCAAGUACGUUCCAGAGAUGCGCUCCCUUCGACACCCCAUGGAUCAGUUGCUGAAGGCAGGAGAAAAGUUCGAAUGGUCACCAGCUUGUCAGAAGUCGUUCGACCGUUUUCGAGAAAUUCUUCAGUCCCCGCUUCUGUUGACGCACUACAACCCGAAACUUGAAUUAGUUGUGUCGGCAGAUGCUUCCUCCGUUGGUCUGGGUGCCCGGAUCGCAAACAAAUUCCCGGAUGGCACCGUGAAAGCCAUUUGCCACGCUUCGCGCAGUUUGACAGCAGCGGAGAGUAAUUACAGCCAGAUCGAAAAGGAGGGCUUGGCUUUGAUAUUCGCCGUGACCAAAUUCCACCGGAUGAUAUUCGGACGGCGUUUCGUGCUCGAGACCGACCACAAGCCUUUGCUCGCCAUAUUCGGGUCGAAAAAGGGCAUCCCCACGUACACCGCCAACCGGCUCCAGAGAUGGGCGUUGACACUGCUCCUCUACGAUUUCGACAUACACUACGUGUCGACAGAUGCUUUCGGACACGCGGACAUCCUGUCCCGCCUUAUCAAUCGCCAUGUUCGUCCGGAAGAGGACUAUGUUAUAGCCAACAUCGAGUUCGAGAGCACCAUCCGCAGCAUCAUGAACCAAUCCCUGGAAGCCCUACCAGUGAUCAAGCACGUCAACACCACGUGGCCUACCAAGAAAACGAGCAUCACAGAUCCGCACAUUCAAGAGUUCUUUCAGCGUCGCGAGUCCCUCUCCAUCACCGCUGGCUGCUUGAUGUACGGCGAACGUUUGGUGUUACCAUCCGUUCUCCGAAAGAAGGUUCUCGUGGAGCUGCACAAAGGUCAUCCCGGUAUCGAACGUAUGCGGUCCCUUGCUCGACAGUACGUCUACUGGCCCCAUAUCGAUAAGGACAUCGAAAGGCUGGUGCAGACGUGCAACGAAUGUUCGAGUGUGGCGAAAACGGAUCGUAAAACCAACCUCGAGUCGUGGCCAGUCCCGGAGAAACCCUGGCAACGACUUCAUCUCGACUACGCCGGUCCUAUGGAUGGGUGGUACUUUCUGAUCCUAGUGGACGCCUACACCAAAUGGCCGGAGGUGGUCAGAACAAAAGACAUCACUUCUGCAGCGACAAUUCGCAUUCUCCGUGACAUUUCCGCCAGAUUCGGGUCCCCGGAGACACUGGUUACCGACAACGGGACGCAGUUUACCAGCGAAAUGUUCGAGGCCUACUGCGAGUUUAACGCCAUUCUUCACCUGAAGACCGCUCCCUUCCAUCCGCAGUCGAAUGGCCUCGCGGAAAAAUUCGUCGACACUUUCAAGAGGACGUUGAAGAAAAUAACCGCCGGAGGGGAAACGCUGCAAGAUGCCAUCAACACUUUUCUACAAUGCUACAGGUCCACACCAUGUCGCACCGCUCCGGAAGGAAAGUCUCCGGCCGAACUUCUGCUUGGCAGACGAAUUCGCACGUCGUUAGAGCUGCUUCGACCACCGACUCCGGCGCACAAACUCGAAAACUCCAAGCAAGAACAGCAGUUUGACCGGCGGCAUGGUGCGAAACCAAGAAACUACAUCCGUCAGGACCUCGUCUGGGCCAAAGUGUUCCGUAACAACAAGUGGCACUGGGAAGCAGGAGAAGUGCUCGAACGCAUUGUCCAGGUCAUGUACAACGUCUGGUUGCCUGGGAAGCAAACCAUGAUAAGGUCCCACUGCAAUCAGCUGCGAACACGUCAUUAUUCCGAAAAUAAACUGCCUGCGACCGAACCAGCAAAAGCUCCGUUGAGUAUCCUGUUGGACUCCUGGAACCUACAGAGACCGACACCCGAGCAGGAGGAGCGGCCUUCUCUUGCUCUAGAGAUGGAUGAAUUCCCGCCGCAGGCCAGUGUUCAACGACAACGCAAUCCCCCUAGACAACUGCAACAACCAACAGCAGCUCGCAGAUCUUCGAGGACUCGAAGACUUCCUGCGAGAUAUGAUCCCUACCACCUUUUCUAA